UUUGAUGCUUGUGCUGAGAGGGUGUUUGUGUUUAUCUCAGAAAAUACCACAACAACAACAAACCAAGAAAAAGAGGCAUGGAAGCCAAAGGAGGAGAGGUUAGAAGGCUUCAUAUCAUCUACUUCUUGAGUCAUCCAGGUGGUCGUGUAGAGCAUCCUCAUCUCAUUCGUGUUCUUCAUCUUACUCGUAAUGGUGUUUAUCUCAGAGAUGUUAAGAGAUGGCUAGGGGAAUUGAGAGGAAAAGACUUACCUGAAGCAUUUUCCUGGUCCUACAAGAGGAGGUACAAGAGUGGUUAUGUGUGGCAAGACUUGUUGGAUGAUGACCUCUUAACCCCCAUUUCAGAUAAUGAAUACGUCCUCAAAGGAUCACAAAUCCACCCUACCCUAUUUGAAACUUCUUUACUUGAUGAAAAGAAAGUUACAGCUACUGAUACACUUUCUGAGAAAAAUUCUCCUCAAGUACUACAAGUUGCAGAGGAAAAACAAAACCAGAAGCAAGAAGAAGAACCUCGAAUUCAACUAGACUUGGGUUCGAAAGUGUCAUCCGAAAUUAGCCAGGAUUCGUCGUUGGUAUUCAGCUCAGGCAGGUCAUCAGUGACAGAUGAUGACUCUUCUAAGGUUGAAGAAGAGAAGCUGCUUUUGGGUACCGGGAAAGAGAGUUUGAAAGAACAGAACCAUGGGAAGUUGGACAAUUUCUCAUUGCCUUCCUUGUAUCACAAUCUGUUGAGUAAGAAGGGUAACAAAGAUGACAAAAGCAAAACUGCUACACCAGAUUCAUCAUUGUCUGCUACAUCAUCAUCAUCGUACCAAUCCUCCUUCACUAAGAGUAGAGUCAAUUCCUCUCGAGUUUCCGGCGUGUUCCGCAAUUUGAUUACAUGUGGGACUGUGGAGACAAAUGAUGCAGCUGUGGUUCUGAUGAAGCAGGCUCACAGUAUUGCAUCCAAGGAGGCUAAAAACAUAGCUCAAAAGCAUGCUGAGAUUUGUAGAGGAGACAAAUUGGGAGGAUCAGCCAGGUGUUUUGGUACUCCUUGGAAUUAUCAUCAGCAGAAAGAACAGUAUGGACCCAGAAAAAGCUGUGAUGGAGGGGAAACAAACAAGAACAGGAAAAAGUUGGGAGAGUUCAUGAACCACACUCCUCACAAGCCAUUUGGUGGACCAAUUUGCUCGCAAUGUGGAAAGUCGUUCAAGCCUGAGAAAAUGCACAAACACAUGAAGUCAUGUAAAGGAAUGAAAGCUCUGGGAACCUCAGUUCCAACUGUCACUGAUGAGAGACAGCUUCAGAGAUCAUCAACUUCAUCCAAUUCAAACUACUUUUUGACCAACUAAAUAUGAAUUACUUUCUGUGAAUGCUUGACUUCACACUAGAAGCACUUAAUGUAUAAAUUUUAGCUUCCCACUUGUUCUUCUGAUUUGAUAAUGACUGGCAUUCUAUCAUGUAGCUUCUUGCUUCAUCCACCAAGAAGUUAGCAUGAUUCGUCAUUCUUGUUCUUAAGCCAUAAACAUUAGGACCUUAAGGUUACCAUUACAUUUUUUCAACCGAAAAACAGAGCCCUUAGAAAAAUGUUUUUUCUGCCUUAGAUUUCUCAGGUAGCCUCAAGUGAAACCAACACACACUACAUUGGGAAGACUUGCUAAAGGUAGCCCCAACUUGAUUUCUCAUGUAGCCCCAACCAAUUUCUUUGCAUACAUCUAAUAGAAAUCAAGAAUCAACAAGUACAGGAAUUCUAAAAGGGGCAAUUGAUCCAAGGUUAACUAGACCCAAUAGGAAGCAAAUGAACAAAAAGUUGUUCCAAAAGCAGUUUUAUCAUAAAAUUAGAGUAAAUAAAAUAUACAUGUUGACAGAAUACAGCUCAA